AUGCGUACGCCGGUGAUCCGCGCGAAGAGCUCGGGGAAGCUCGCCGCGCCGCGGGAAGGCCCGGAGCUGCGCGAGCAGGAGGGCAAGAGCGUGGCCAUCGAGCGCAGCCGCCUGCCGUAUAACCGCGACCCGAGCCGAGCGCGCAACGCGCGGCCGAAGGUGACGCGCGAGGACGUGCGGCGACGCGAGGCCCUGACGGGCGAGCUCUGGGUGAUCAUCGAGGACAAGGCCUACGACCUCACCGAGUUCCAGCACCGCCACCCCGGCGGCUACCUCUGCCUGCGGGGCGUCGCGGGCCGCAACGCGACCGAGGCCUUCGACAACUUCCAUCCGGCCAAGGUCUGGGAGACCCUGCUGCCGGCGUACCACGUCGCCGACGUGACCGACGUCGCCGUGUCCGAGUACGUGGCCGGGCACCGCGAGAUCCGGCAGCAGCUGCUGGAGCGCGGGCUCUUCGAGACGCGGCCCUCGUACUACGCGAAGGUCGCGGCGUGGCUCGCCGCGUUGCUCGCCGCGGCCGUCGGCCUCACGGUCGCGGGGGGCGGCGCCGGCCCGCGCCUGCUCGGCGCGGCGGUCCUCGGCUUCUUCUGGCAGCAGCUCGCGUUCCUGGGCCACGACAUCGGGCACAACUCCAUCACGCACAAGCGCGGCGUCGACUCGCUGCUCGGCGCGGCGCACGUCGCGCUCUUCGGCGUGUCCAUGGCCUGGUGGAAGCGCAGCCACAACACGCACCACGUCGUCUGCAACUCCGUGGAGAACGACCCGGACAUCCAGCACCUCCCCGUGCUGGCCGUGUCGCCCGCCAUCUUCGAGGGGUUCGCGUCGACGUACCACGCGAAGGCCUUCGCGCCGCUGGUCCUCGACCCGAUCGCGCACUUCAUCGUGAGCUACCAGCACCUCCUCUACUACGUCUUCAUGUUCUUCGGCCGCUACAACCUCUACGUCCAGUCCUUCGCGCUGCUCCUCGACUUCAAGGAGCGCGUCGAGCUGCGGUUCGUCGAGCUCGGCGCCGUCGCCGCCUACUGGGUCUGGUUCUGCGCCCUCGCCUCCUCCACGGAGUCGACGCGCGAGCUGCUCGCCUACGUCAUCAUCAGCCACGGCGUCUCCGGCAUCCUGCACGUCCAGAUCACGCUGUCGCACUUCUGCAUGGAGACCUUCACGAAGGACCAGCCCGUCUACACCGCCGACGAGAACGACUGGUUCCGGCUCCAGCUCGCGACGACGAUGGACGUCGACUGCCCGGAGUGGCUCGACUGGUUCCACGGCGGGCUCCAGUUCCAGAUCGAGCACCACCUCUUCCCGCGCGUGCCCCGCCACAACCUCCGCGAGGUCCGGAAGCUCGUCAAGGCCUUCUGCAAGAAGGAGGGCCUCCACUACCACGAGGUGAGCUUCCUCCAGGGCAACGCGGAGGUCAUCGCCGGCCUCUACGAGACGGCGCUCGCGGCGCGGCGGCUGCCGCGGGACGGGAAGUCCAUCGGGCGCCUCCGGGAGUCGUGGACGUGGGAGAUGCUCAACGCGCAGGGCUAG